AUGACCACCACCCCCCCAGACUCAAAUGGAUACCUCAACGAACUCUACGGCCAAAGCGCCGCUGACCAAGCUGAUCUUUCCGACAUCCUCUUAAAAAUCAAAGAACUAACAGCAAGCAUGGAGCCUGACUCCAUAGCCGAGAUCACAGAACUAAUAGAGCUUAAAUAUCGAACAGUUAAUCGAUGGCGUUUGCUUCAAAGUGUACUGAGCCUUGCUAGGGUUUUGCAGACGCAACUUUGGGAUGCACCUAAGCAGCCAAGUGGGGAUGGAAAAAUUUUGGCGAAGAGAGAGGGGAUUUUUGAUAUGUAAGAUCUUUUUUCUUUUUUCUCUUUUACGGUUUUACGGUUUUUGAAGUGGUGAGAUGGUUGGGAAAUUGCUAAUAGAGAUGUAGUUAUAAUCAAGAAGACAACAAUAAAAUCGUCACUGUGUACGUAGGAAGGGAAAACAAACAAGUUAAAUUCACCGCAACAGCUGCCAUCUUAUCGGCCCAAGCAUCAUUCUUCAAGCCUCUCUGCGGGGAUAGAUGGAACUGUGGUCGUGAAAGUACCAUCACGCUUUCCGAGCACUCACCUGAGAGUUUCGAAAUCUUCCUCUCCUGGCUCUACACUAAGGAUAUUAAAAAUGCCUCAUGUCUGAUCAAAAUCCAUCCCACCCAAAAAGAAAUGUCCAACUUGUAUUUCCGCAAAGAAUCGCAUAAAUCACGCUGGUUUCAACUCCUUCAUUGUUAUUUCCUAGCUGAUUAUAUCUGUGCACCCAAAUUCGCAAAUUAUAUUAUCGAUGCGCUAGUCUUCGCUUAUAAAGAAUGGAGUGAAUCGGAAUUUGGGAAGAUUGUACGACAACCACUUUUUGAUGAUGUAGAAAAGACGUGGGAAUUGGUGGACAUGAAUACGUCGGAGAAUUCGCCUUUGAGGAGCUUAAUUAAGGAUAUUUUGAUGCCUAGGAUGGAAUUAUGGAAAGCUUUGACAGUGGAUGAGAGAUCUUCGAGCUCGAGGAUGCCGUUCAGGAUUAGGAGGGGUAGAGUACAUCUAUCUGAUGAAUUGAAGCCGGAGAGAUUGCCGCAGAAUGUCCAGUUUUACAAUAAUGGGACUGCGAUUAAUUCGGGUUCCCAACCUGGCCAUUCGGUCACGGCUCAGCCUGUUCUAAAUCACUUACCAUUUGAUCCGUCCCAGCUUCAUCAUCAAACCCCGAUUCAACCACAAACCCAACCUCAAGUAACCCACCCAACCUUCUGGCAACCUCCAAACCCACAUCCUCAUCCUCAUCCUCACCACCACAAUCACAAUCACAACUCAUUCCCAACCCACGCCCCUCAACCCCUCCAACCACUCCAGCCCUCCCAGCCGCCUCACCCCCGUCCCCACCGCCUCUCCCGCUUCCUAAUGGGCAUCACGCGACGAACCGGAAAUGAUAACAUCAACAUCAACUACGACCCUCAGAAAAUCCGCACGGAAUUUCAUAAAGCGGAAAAAGCGGUUAAGGUUUGGGAGGAGGGGAGGUAUAGAUAUCAUGUUCAUGUGCAGGGGAGGGAUUGUGGAGACGAUCAUGAGGUUUAG